CCUGAGGUCCUGGCGCCCGGGUCGGUCCCUGGUCCCCGCGGUCCUGGCGCCGGGGUCGGUCCCUGGUCCCCGCGGUCCUGGCGCCCGGGUCGGUCCCUGGUCCCCGCGGCCACUCUCAGAAGCAGCAGGCCGGUCACUUUCACUCACAACUGCCGCCCGGAGACGCCCCAGGAAAGGACGUUCGCUGUCCUUAACACUUCUCAGCUCGGGCCUGAGGCGCAGACAGCGGCAAGAAUGGAAGAAUGUACGACGAUUUUGAAGAAAAUGUCCCAGUUAAUUCUGAAAGAAAUGCCAAAAGCUGACUAUUCCAGUUUGUUCAGUGAUUUCACUGAGUCUGAGUUCUUUUUGGUGGACGGGGACUCACUGCUCAUCACAUGUGCAUGCGACACAUUGUUACAGCCCGGGCAGAGUCUCCACCUCUUCUACCUGAUCGAAUGCUACCUCGUGGAUCUUAUCAGUAAAGGAGGACAGUUUUCCGUGGUUUUCUUCAAGGAUGCCGAGGACGCGUAUUUCGACGCCCCCAAGCUGCUCUCCUUGAGAGCCGGGCUGAUUCUCCAUCUUCAGAACAACACCUCCGUCGAUGUGCAGACCAAGUUUUCCGGGUGCCUGUCGAGAGAGUGGGGAACGUUCCUGGACGAGAGCUGCCCCUAUUUCCUGAUCGUCGCGGACGAGGGCCGGAACGACCUGCAGACGCACCUUUUCAACUUCUUAAUCGUGCAGUCUUGGGCACGCAAGGUCAACGUGGUGCUGUCCUCGGGGCAGGCAUCCGACGUGCUCCGGCUGUACGCCUACUUCCUGCCCAGCAUGCACCGGAACCAGGGCUUUUUCCGGGAGAAUAAAAAGAAGAUUGAGGAUGCUUAUCAAACCCUGCUUAAGCAAAUGCAAGAAUUUAGGGUUUCAGCACUGGCAUCUCUUUUUGGAAAUUUAAAAUGGAAAAAUAUGAUGGAAGAGGCAUGUGAGACUAUAUCUCUGCUGAAGCAAGUCUGGCCAGAAGAAUCAGACAUCCGCCGUUUCCUUUGCGUCGCUUCAUGCUCGUUGUCUCUGAGAAUGUACCAUCGCUUUUUAGAAAACAGAAAGACCUCCUCUGAUCAAAAAUCUGAUGCCCAACAGGUGACAAGCGGUGGCUUGACCCUGCAGGAGACGGAAGAUUUCUGCAAGCUGCGUUGUCUCAGUGUGGCCUUUCUGCUCCACCUGCCUCUUUCCCAGAGAGCGUGUGCGAGAUUCGUCACCUCCGCGUGGAUUCAGGGCCUGCGGACGCUGCGCCGCACGGAAAAGUGGUGUGAAUAUUUCAUCCUAAAUAAUAUGAACAUUUUCGAAUUUGGGAAUCUGAAUUUAAUUUACCUUUCUGACUUAAGUGAUGAGGCUUUGUUGAAGAAUAUUGCUUUUUACUAUGAAAAGGAAAAUGUACAAGGGCGACAUUUGAACUUGGGAAAUGUCAUCAUGAAGGAAUACGAACAUCUCUGGAGCACUGUGUCAAAGAUGGUCGGAGAGUUUGAUGUCGGACAGCCAUUUCCUCUGAGAACAACAAAACUUAAUUUUCUUAGAACGAAUCAGUCGCCAAUCAAAGACAGCUCCGAGAAAAAUAUGCCUGAUUUGGGUUUUAUUCCAAUGUCAUCUAGUUUGGUGGAUAAGUUUGCUGGAGACAUUCUGAAAGAUUUGCCUUUUCUAAAGAGCAAUCAUCCUAUUGUUACUUCGUUGGUUAAGCAGAAGGAAUUUGACGAGCUUGUGCACUGGCAUUCUCACAAGCCCCUCAGCGAUGACUACGACAGGUCCAGGUGUCAAUUUGAAGAAAAAUAUAGAGACCCUCGUGCUCUCAGAUCCUUGCAAAAGUAUCAUGUUUUUCAGCGAUUUUAUGGGAAUUCGUUGCUAGACCCGGGCUCUUCGAAAGUCAUCGUGACUCAGCCUGCUGCGGCAAAGAAGAAUUUCAGCCAGCCCAAGAGCAAAACGGCACGCGAGACCAAGGCCGACAUCAUCGCCAGAGAGAAUAAGAAGAGGCUGCUCGCCAGGGAAGAGCAAAAGGAAGAGCAAAAAUGGAACGCGCUGUCGCCGUCCAUUGAGGAGGAGAUGAAAGAGAAUUUAAACUCCGGCAUAAAGAGCCUGGAAGAGUUUCUGAAAUCAUGCAAAAGCAGCUCCGUGAAGUGCCAGGUGGAGAGGGUGGGGCUGAGCGCCUGCCUGAGAGCCUGGAGAGAGCACUGCCGGGGCGAAGGUAAAAUCAAGAAAGAUUUAAGUAUAGCUGUUCAAAUGAUGAAAAGGAUCCACUCAUUGUUGGAAAAAUACCCGGAACUUUUGCAAGAAGCGGAUCGGCAGCUUGUAGCCAAAUGCCUUAAGUACUUAGGGUUUGAUGAGUUGGCAAAUUCUUUAUAUCCAACCCAGGACACAGAAAAUGACAGAAAGGAGAAGAGAAAGAGUAAAUAUUCAGUUGGCAUGGGGCCAGCUCGGUUCCAGCUGCAGUACAUGGGCCACUAUUUGUUCCGAGAUGAGAGAAAAGACCCAGACCCCAGGGUCCAGGACUUCAUUCCUGACACGUGGCAGCGAGAGCUCCUGGACGUCGUGGACAACCACGAGUCAGCCGUGAUCGUGGCGCCCACGUCCUCGGGCAAGACCUACGCGUCCUACUACUGCAUGGAGAAGGUGCUGAGGGAGAGCGACGACGGCGUGGUCGUCUAUGUCUCGCCCACAAAGGCCCUUGUCAACCAGGUGGCGGCGACUGUCCAAAACCGUUUCACCAAAACCCUGCCGAGCGGCAUGGCUCUGUGCGGCGUCUUCACGAGGGAGUACCGGCACGAGGCUCUGAACUGCCAGGUGCUGGUCACGGUGCCCGCCUGCUUGCAGAUCCUGCUGCUCGCCCCUCAUCAGCAGCGCUGGGCGAAGAGGAUCAGAUACGUCAUAUUUGACGAGGUUCAUUGUCUUGGUGGAGAAAUCGGAGCAGAAAUCUGGGAGCAUCUCCUCGUCAUGAUCCGAUGUCCUUUUUUGGCUCUUUCGGCUACGAUCAGCAACCCCGAGCACCUCACUGAGUGGCUGCAAUCAGUGAAACGGUACUGGAGAGAAGAAGACAGGACCAUGGAAAGGGACGCCGCCUCCAGAGGCCACGGGGGCCGCCACGCCAGCUUCCCCGAAGGCCACCUGCCGGCAAAGCAGUCCUACAGAGUGAGACUCGUGCUCUACGGGGAGAGGUACAACGACCUGGAGAAGCACGUGUGCUCGGUCACGGACGGCCACAUCCGCUUCCACCACUUCCACCCGUGUGCCGCGCUGACCACGGAACACAUCGAGAGGUACGGAUUCCCGCCGGAUCUGGCUCUUUCUCCCCGAGAAAGCGUCGAGCUUUACGACAUGAUGCGGCAGGUCUGGAGAAGCUGGCCGCGGGCCCAGGAGCUAUGUCCAGAGAACUUUGUUCAUUUUAGCAAUAAAUUAGUCAUUAAGAAGAUGGACGCUAGAAAAUACGAAGAGAACUUAAAGGCAGAAUUAAAGAAUUGGAUUGAAAACGGCAACGUGGAAGAGGCCAAAAUGGUGCUAAUGAAUCUUAGUCCUAAAUCAGAUUUUACUGCAGAAAACAUGCCGAGCAAGUUUCCACUUCUCGUUGAAACGCUAAGGAAAAUGGACAAGUUACCUGCACUGUUCUUUUUAUUCAAGUUAGGGGCUGUAGAAGGCGCGGCUAAAAGCGUGCACGCUUUCCUGAAGCAAAGGCAGGAGAUGAAGAGGCCUCCCAACGCCGACAAAGAAGCCCACGUCAUGGCUCGCAAACUCCGAAAAGUUAAAAAAUCCCUGGAGAAAAAAAUGAUGGUAGAAGAAAAGCCAGAAAAACCCCAGAAAAACCCCAGAAAAAGCCAGAAAAACCCCAGAAAUAUGGAUCAAGCCCUCGUACAGGCCGCUGAGCACGACCAUCUUCUGAGGAGUCUGAGGAGGAACCUGGAAGUCCCGCAGGACUGCACCUACGCUGACCGGAAGGCGCUGCCCGCCGAGACUUUACAGAUGGUGUUCGAUCGAGUCAAGUUCGAAAGAAAAGGUGAACAGCUGAAAGCAUUGGCCAGGAGGGGGGUCGGAUACCAUCACAGUUCCAUGAGCUUCAAAGAAAAGCAGCUGGUUGAAAUUCUCUUCAGGAAAGGAUUUAUUAGGGUGGUGACAGCUACCGGAACACUUGCAUUGGGGGUCAACAUGCCGUGCAAGUCUGUGGUGUUUGCUCAAAACUCAGUCUAUCUGGAUGCUUUGAAUUACAGACAGAUGUCUGGCCGUGCUGGGAGGAGAGGUCAGGACCUGCUGGGAGACGUGUACUUCUUCGACAUCCCGUUCCCCAAAAUCGGAAAGCUCAUAAAGUCCAACGUUCCGGAGCUGAGAGGACAGUUCCCUCUGAGCACAACCCUGAUCCUGCGGCUCAUGCUGCUGGCUUCCAAGGGGGACGACCCUGAGGAUGCCCAGGCGAAGGUGCUGUCGGUGCUGAAGCAUUCCUUGCUGUCCUUCAAACAGCCCCGAGUCCUGGACAUGCUAAAACUUUACUUCCUGUUUUCUUUGCAGUUCCUGAUGAAGGAGGGCUAUUUAGAUCAAAAAGGCCAUCCGAUGGGGUUUGCAGGACUGGUAUCACAUUUGCAUUAUCACGAACCUUCUAAUCUUGUUUUUGUGAGCUUUCUUGUAAAAGGCCUUUUCCAUAAUCUCUGCCAGCCAGCCAGGGAAGGCUCAAAACGUUUUUCGGAAGAUGUCAUGGAAACGCUCGCGUUAGUGCUGGCUCAUCUCUUUGGAAGACGACACCUUCCACCAAAGUUCCAAGAUGCUGCCGUCAAGUUUUAUCAAUCAAAGGUGUUCCUGGACGAUCUUCCUGAGGAUUUCCACGAUGCUUUAGGUGAAUACAACAGGAACGUGACAAAGGACUUCGCCAGUUUCCUACUCGUUGUUUCCAAAUUGGCUGACAUGAAACAGGAAUGUCAGCUCCCACUGUCAAAAAUCAACUUCACAGGUGCAGACUGUGCGGACUCCGAGCUCGUGCCCCACCUGAUGAGCUGCGGGAAGGGCAGGAGGGCCAUCUCGCCCUUCGUCUGCCUCUCCGGGAUCUCCGACGAGGACCUGCUGGAGCCGGGAACGCCAGACCACGUCACCCUGCACACAAUUGGUGUCAACGGCAUUCGGGCUCCUGUGCUGUGUGCAGAGAGGUUUGAUGGCCGUGGGAGAAGAAUGCCUCUGAACGCCUACGCCCUGGAUUUCUACAAGCAUGGCUCCCUGGUGGGGCUAGUCCAGGACAACGGGAUGAACGAGGGAGAAGCUUACAAUUUGCUGAAAGAUUUUGCACUCACCAUCAAAGCUAUCAGCGUCUCCUUGCAUGAGCUGUGUGAGAACGAAGAUGACAACGUUGUCUCGGCCUUCGAACAGCUCAGCGAAACCUUUGCUGAAAAACUAAGGAAAGUAUGAAAACGAAAAGUCCAUGCAAACCACUGAAAAUACUGCCGCUGGAGUCUCAUGAGUCAUAUUUUGGAUUCCCGUGCCUUUUUUUUUUUUGAGAAACAUAAACGACGCUGAGGAAAGAGCAAGUCUAACCGACGUGCGGGCACGCCUGCCCUGGUCUAUGCCGGGCACCCGGUUAUCUAGCGCAUCUGAAUGCCGGUUUCUUUCUGUAACUGAGUAAUGGCAACGCUCACUUCUCGGGCUGUGUGAGGGGUGACUGGGAAAAUGCAGGGAUUCUGUGUGGGACUGAAGAAGAACUUUUACUCUGUGAGGUCUAAACAAAUAUGAUGUUGUCAAUAUUUUUCUCCUGGGUGUCAAGAUUUGUAAAAAGUUCAUUAAGGCCAGGAAAGAUGAUUGCAGUGUCCUACAGGUGCACUGGCUUCUCUCCAAUUAACAUGAAUGGGAUUACAUGACUUAGGUAAAUGGCUACUGAAAUAGCGCCUUUUAGUAUGCUUAAACUGAGUUUUAAAAAUAUAGAUGAGAGUUUUCGUUCAGACUUUGUGAUGCUUUAAAAGAGAACACAUAGUUGACAAUUCGCUUUAUUUUAAUUGUAUGUAAGUUCCUGGGAAAACACAAAGAAAUAAAAUGGGCUUAAUUUAUUCAC